AGAAAAAGAGAGAGGGUCCCAUGGAGGGUAAGCAAGCAGGGAAGGACAGGUCCAACCGUGCGGCUCAGCGCCGAAGCGGCUGACUUGUGGGUCCUUUCUCCUUUAAUCCUUUUACAGAGCUGAUGCAGUCAACAUGGAAACAAAGCCAAGCAUUACUGCAUUAGCAAUAGCCGUAGCCGUAGCCAUUUUUAGGCGUUUGAUUGCUACAAUUACAAAAUCCAACCGGGAAAGUGGAACGUGGGGGUGUGUCAGCGAACAGGGGGGGCAGCCAUGGCCGAGUUCAAGCACCUUGUUGUUGUCAAGUUUAAGGAGGGUGUGAAUGUGGAUGAAAUUGUGGAGCAAGUGGAGAAGAUGGUUUCUGUUAUUGACUCUGUCAAGUCCUUUGAGUGGGGACAUGAUGUGGAAGGCCAAGACAUGCUGACACAAGGCUUCACGCACGUCUUCUCAAUGACAUUUGAUGAUAAAGAAGCCAUCACUUCAUUUCUUACCCAUCCUAAGCAUAUUGAGUUCUGUCCCACUUUCAGUGCAGCCAUUGACAAGAUUGUAGUCCUUGAUUUCCCAUCUCUUCUUGUCAAAGCACCUGCACCACCUCCAUCAUCGCCACCGCUGCCACCACCACCAGCAGUGGAAGCAAUACCGGAAGCUGCUCCACCACCAGUGUUGACAUCCACACCUCUACCAACACCUGCCACUGCCCCUGCCCCAACACCGGCAUCUGCUUCAGCAUGAUCUAGGAGACUUCAAAGACAAUGUGGCAUUGUCAAGCGUUAAAAAAUAGUACUCUCUCAUCUUUAUUUGCAGUAUGUACUCUUCUGUUUGCUUUGAGAAUCAUGGAAAGUGAAGUCUUUUCUUAAUGGGAAAAAAGUGGCUGAUGAUCCAUGCAUUUGCUUGCUAAGCUCGUCUAAUAUGUACUUCCUACGUUUCUUUUGUUUCCCUGAUUGAUAAUUGGAUGAUGAAAAUAUCCACUCUUGUUCAAACG